AGGCCGGGUUUAUUCCUUAUCGGAAGGAGAAAACGAAAAAGGUGGAGUUUUUGUGAGAAAAUCAAGGGAAUUGUCGUUGGUUGUGCUUUGAUCUUUGAUGGUCUACAUGCCCUCUCUGAGGAGCAAAGCUGCUCACUUGGUAACCGAUCUCACCACCGUCCUCCUCAAUCCCAUCUCCGAUGAACCCUCCAAACCCCAUACGGAAGAAAGGGUGAGAAGGCCUGAAGAGGCUCUUACAGAAAGUGAUGCUGAUGCUCCUGAUGGUCCUGACACAUCUUCUUUUACUGCAUUCCUCGUUUCUCUUUUGUCAUCGUCAGAGUCAGGUGAUCAUCAUAGAAACCAUCCUGUUGAGGAAUGUAACAAUCCUGGUGUAGAUGCAGCUUCAGGAUCAGGAGUGAAGGAAAAUAGUGCAAGGAAAGGCAUACUGGCGAGAGGGAAACAUACACUUGGAAGAGCUUUUCAAAAAGCUUCUAGGCUAGGUGGAUAUAGAUCAAGCUCUCUGCCAAAAGCUGACUCUGAUACAACAAAUGAUCCAAAUCUUCUUGGACAGGAGUUGAAACCUAUCAGAACCUCGAAAGAGAGCACAUCAAAGUGCACGUUGCCUGUUAUUUCUGAACCAUCAAUGCUACUUUCAGAAAAUAUGAGAAGCAACCUUUAUCUAUCACUACCAGCACUAGUUCAUGGGAGGAAUUGGGUGCUGCUGUACAGUACUUGGAGGCAUGGGAUGUCACUACAAACGCUGUACAGAAGAAGCUUCCUUUGGCCAGGUUACUCUCUGUUGGUUGUUGGAGAUCAAAAGGGUGCUGUUUUUGGUGGCUUGGUUGAAGCUCCGUUGCAGCCAACUAAUAGGAAGUACCAGGGUACAAACAACUGCUUUGUAUUCACAAAUCUGCCCAGCCAUCUGGCCAUUUUCCGACCUACAGGUCUUAAUCACUACUUCACUCUCUGCUCAACGGAUUUCUUGGCCAUGGGCGGGGGCGGUCACUUUGCAUUAUACUUGGAUGGAGAUCUUUUGAAUGGAUCAAGUUCUGCUUCAGAGACCUUUGGCAAUUCUUGUCUUGCUCACUCCCAAGACUUUGAAAUCAAGGAGGUUGAGCUCUGGGGCUUUGUAUAUGCGUCAAAAUACGAAGAAACAUUAGCUAUGUGUCGAACUGAGAAGCCGGGGAUUUGCAGAUGGUGAGCUUGCAGUGAAGAGUGAAGACGCCUAACAAAAGUCCUCUACUCAUAUGUAUAUAACUAUAUUAAUCGCGCCAAAGUUUGUAUGUUGCCGUUGUAUUUUGACUGUAUAACAAGAAAUGAAAUGACCGAAAUUACCGAAA